CUUCGAUUAGCUAUCGCAUUUUGUAUUUGUAAAUAUUUUGACAUUUACUCAGCCAGAUGUCUGAUUCCCUAGACAUAACACCCGAGGAGCUGCAUCGCCUGGCGGACGACUGUCUUGAGCUUUUGCGCAAGGAGGAGCUCCACAAUUUGCGCAACGAUGCUAAGCUGAGGGCAGUAACAAACACCGAGACCUACGAAGAGUUCAAAGAUAUUGUUGAUGCAGCGCAUCUGCGCCCCAUCAGCAAGCAAGAUAAGGCCAAUGUCAAGACCAAGAGCCGCCUCUGGAACUCAGCGGCUCGUGAGCAGUAGGCCUAAACUGUUGCUAAUAAAGCAUUAAUUCUAAACCGAU